GUCAGACGACUCAGAACUGAUGAGUACUUUAAAAAAAAAAAAUUACUGUGCUUUUGAGGCUGACUCUGCCCUCCCUCUUUUUGUGUACUUCUCAAAGCUUCUCUUCUCUUCUUUUUCUUCUCACACACCCACAGUGUCUCUGCAAGUUUCAAUGGAGACUGAAAUGUUCAACAAGACUCCAUCAUCACACCCUGAAUAUCCUGAGAUGAUUUAUGAAGCCCUUGAAGCCUUAAAUCAAGAAGGAGGCUCAAACAAGUCAUCAAUGUCAAAGUACAUUGAAUCCAAAUAUGGAAACUUAGAUCAAGGUCACUCAAAGUUACUCACUUUCUAUUUAGACAAAAUGAAGCAAAAUGGUGAGUUGAUUUUCCUCAAAAACAAUUACAUUAAACCUGGUCCAGAUGUUCCACCUAAACGUGGCAGAGGAAGACCAAGAAAAGAUCCAAAUGCACCACCUAUUCCUAAAAAACCAAAGCCAACAGCAGCUUCUAUUGCACCACCACCUCUUGUUUCAAAGACAGGAAGGCCAAGAGGUAGACCUAGGAAAAUUAAGCCACAACAACAAGCACAAAAUGGUGUUGAGGGUAGCUGAAAAAUUGAAGGAGUUAUUUGACUUUUUAGGUAAAUUAGUGUUGUUAAUUCUCCUGUAUCAUUGGUAAAUGAGUUGUGUGUAGUUGUUGUAGUUGUGCAUGUAGUUUGGAAGAGG